UCCAUCGAUAGCCCGGACAACGAUUCCGUUGUCUCAAGUAAUCUCUGUGCGGAUGUGUUUCUGUCCCAAACCGGACACCAAGAAACUGAUCUGCGAUUGUGUGCUCAACGAUGACCUGAUCGACGAGUCCUGUGACCAGAAGAUGACACUCGUCCGCCUCUACUAUGCCAUAGGUGUGGGCCGACACGGAUGGAAAGUGGAGUACUUGUCCCUACAGGCAGACGCCAAUCAUAAUGAUAGCGCUCUCUUUAAUUACAUACGAAGAAUACGUGAUAUUAUCGACGGCUAUAAACGACCGAAACGUUUGCUGGUGUUUGUGAACCCGUUUGGCGGUCACCGAAAAGCUCGCAAAAUCUAUGAGAACCGCGUGUUUCCCAUUUUUAAAUUGGCGUCAAUCGAAGUGGACUGCAUUGUGACCGAAAGGGCCAAUCACGCCAAGGAUCUGCUUAUGGACCCACAGGUGCGGCUCAACACAUACGACGGUGUGAUAUGCGUUGGCGGCGACGGCAUGUUUGCCGAACUCUUGAAUGGUAUUCUAAUCCGAACGCAAAGAGAUCACGGCAUCAAUUGGUCGUCGUUUGAGAGCAGUUUGAAAGCACCCAAAAUAACAAUGGGUGUGAUUCCCGCCGGUUCUACCGAUGCGGUCGCGUACGCCACCACUGGUAUCAACGAUCCCAUCACAUCCAGUAUUGCCAUUGUUUUAGGCAAAAGGCUUAACAUCGAUGUGAGUGCUGUUCAUCAUCGAGACGAAGACAAACUGAUUCGAUACUCGACGUCGUUCUUGGGUUACGGCUAUUUCGGCGAUACAAUCGCAGACAGUGAGGCCAACCGCUGGAUGGGACCCAAACGCUACGACUGGGCGGGCAUUAAGAAGUUUAUCCGACACCGACUCUAUUCCGGCGAAAUCAAGCUCUGCAUUGAACCGAGCGAUGGCUCCCCGAAGGACAGCAACGUUUGCACCAAUAAUUGUGAGCAGUGCGCUAAAGCAGCGUUGAAGGUGAGGGAUCAGCUUAACGAAGACGACGCACCCGCCUGCAUUUCAAUAAGAGGCAAAUUUCUGGCCAUAAACGCGGCGACACUGACGUGCAGGUGUCGGAUGACUAAGAAUGGAAUCUCACCCAAAGCUCAUUUGGGUAAUGGCUGUACAGAUCUUAUUUUGGUGUCCCAGUGCUCACGACUCGAUUAUCUCAAAUAUCUUCUCCGGACAGCCAUGUCAUCGAAAAGUCCGUUUGAUCUAAACUUUGUGGACGUAUAUCGCGUCCGCGAAUUUGAAUUCAACCCAAUUGUGAGUCCGACCUCUGGAGGCAAUCGGAGGCCAUUGAGCGCCAGUGUUUGGAACUGUGACGGAGAAGUGGUGGACGAGGCGGCCAUUCAUGUCAAGGUUCACUGUCAGCUCAUCUCACUCUUUGCCACAGGCAUUGAAGUGAGAGAUAAUUAACGAACAAAUCAAUACCACAACCAAUACUACAAAGAGAUCGUAAACUCUUUAUACGUUGCAAUACAAGUUAUUUUACACAUUAUUUGUUAUUAAUUGUUGUUUAUAUAUAAUGUAUUUACUAUACGACUGGUGCGGACACACAAUACAUACACAAAGGCCAGCAAUUCCGGUGCCGCACCCGAUCGGACACAUAUCGUUAGAGCGCAGACAUAAUGAUAUUUUUCUUUCUUUAUUAUUUUUACUUUGGAUUUAAUUUCAUAUUAUUUUAAAUUUAUUUUAUACUUCAUAUUAAAAAGUAUUGCUCAACA